AUGACAUCAAACGAUCACUGCUUAGGUUUAAAACCAAGCAAACGGUUGAACUUGACAAGAAUGUUCAAAUUCGGUAUUCUCCUCGGAAGUUUGUCAGUGGUAGUGUGCCUCAACUUGAAAGGCAAUGUGGAAGCACAAGGCAACUUGCUCAGUUUCCUGAAAGGUGAAGGAAAAGCCAAAGUGGAACUGAAGUAUGAUGAGAACGAGUUGCAAACAAAGGUCGAUGGCUAUAUAGAUUGUAUCGAAAAGGAAAAAGAUGAUUGUUCCACCGAAGAAUUGCUGGUCUUGUAUAGUCUCUACGACGAAGGCGAAUCGCCGACGGACGUAGUCAAGUCCGUAAUUGAAAACUGGCAAGGAAAAGGUGCUGAAGACUUCGAUGACGAAAUGCGCUCAGAGUUACUGUUGCUUCGAUUGGAUUUGGUAGCAUAUCAUUAA